AUGUUUUUCAGCGGACUACACCGAGUCUAUGCGGGCUUUGUUGACCCUCCACUCGCUGAGAAACAACCCGGGGCCAUUCGAUUUGGCCUUCUUGGCGCAUCUAACAUUGCUCCUAUUGCAUUGAUUACUCCAGCGAAAUCACAUCCGGAUGUCACGAUAGCUGCAGUCGCAGCCAGAGACCAGACACGUGCUGAGGCGUACGCUAAGAAAUAUAACAUUCCGGUUGUUCAUUCUAAUUAUGAAGAGCUCCUGCAAGAUCCUUCUAUUGAUGCCAUUUACAUUGCGCUCCCAAACAAUCUCCAUUACGAAUGGAGCCUACGCUCUCUCAAAGCUGGAAAGCAUGUUCUUCUAGAGAAGCCUUCAUGUUCAAAUGCCGAGGAAGCGCGAGCAUUGUUCAAUCAUCCGCUCCUCAAGGCAGCCGGUGCGCCAAUUCUUCUCGAGGCUUUCCACUACCGGUUUCAUCCGGCGUGGCAAGCUUUCCUUGCACGCGUUCAUUCCGGCCCAGAAGCAGGCCGAGUGAAAAAUGCUUUCUCUCAGCAAUAUCUCCACAAGGGAGCUAUGCCGGAAAACGAUAUUCGAUGGCGUUUCGAUCUUUCUGGGGGUGCCAUGAUGGAUUUUGGUACCUAUACGCUGAACUGUCUACGGCAGAUCUUCAAGCAAGAGCCAGUUGAAGUUCUUGACGCGAAGCCUCGGGGUUUCACGGGCAAGCCGGAAAUCGACCAGGCAAUGUCAGCAAGCUACCGGACUGCCGGUGGAGCAACAGGGUCGCUUGUUGCCGAUUUGGCCGCAUCCGGUGAUUGGCCGCUAUUGCCCAGCUCAUGGACUAAAGGCUUACCACGAAUCGGAUGGCCGAAAUGUGAGGUGGAAUUGGAGGAGCAUACGUUAGAAAGCUCUGAAGGGCAGGUGCACACAGUGAAGCGAAAUGUUAUUCUCUGGAAUCAUAUGGCACCUAGCGUCUACCAUCGAAUUGACGUGGAAGAUACACAUGUGAUUCGAGCUGGUGAGCAGAUUGUGAAGUCAUGGAAGGAGUCGAAGCACGAGACGGCUUACAAGUGGCCGUCCGCGCAGUCUGCCGGUGAGCAGGAAUGGUGGACCAGCUAUCGCUAUCAACUGGAGGAAUUUGUCAACAAGAUUAAAGGACGUGACGGUUCGGGAGUUUGGGUUGACGGAAUGGACAGUGUAGCGCAGAUGGAGGCUAUUGACGCAACGUAUCGGAAGGCCGGCCUCAAGGUGAGACCAACCAGUGAUUUUGAGCUACAAGCAUGA